AUGGAAAACGUACCCACUACAAAGAGGUGUUUGAAGAAUCUAUGCCACAAGAUAAAUAGGGAGCAGGCUGAAAAUGAUAUUAAGAAGACUCUUAAUCUUUUUGGUGAGUUCAUGAAGGAUGAUCCAGGGUUCAUGUAUUCAAUAGACCAAGAUGAAGAUGGGAGGAUAAAAACUAUGAUAUGGACCAAUAGUAAGAGUAGGAUGCAGUAUGAGAACUUUGGGGAUGCUAUCACGUUUGACACGACAUACAAAACAAACAUGUAUGAGAUGCCAUUCGGGCUAUUCGUUGGUGUCAACAACCAUUUUCAGUCAGUUUUGUUGGGCGGGGUAUUGAUGACAGAUGAGAAGAUAGGGACUUUCAGAUGGAUAUUCAAAGAAUUUACAAGGUUAAUGGGAGGCAAGGAACCAGUGACAAUUCUCACCGACCCCUUCGUGCUUCAGAUAUAUGCAACAAGGGAAAAGUGGGUAAAGAGCUACUUCAAGGGUAUUUUUUGUGCUCGCAUGACCAGCACGCAGCGGAGCGAGAGUGCCAACAUGAUGCUGAAAAAUAUAGUACCUCCUAACAGCACCUUGCACAAGUUUGUUGAACAGUAUUCCAAGCUUCAGUUCAUAAGGGACCAAGAUGAGGACUACGAGGAGAAAAAGUCGAAGAAGGUGCUCAUUAGCCAGGGUGUGCAAAAGAUAUCAGAUGGUCUGAUCGUUAAGCAUUGGACAAUGAAGGCACGAAUUAUGUUACCUGCACAUCUGGGAGCGUACGGCAAUAAGGAUGUUUCGUUAAUGGCUCAGACAUAUCGACACUCUUCUAUUAUGAUUAGCGUGCUUGAGUAUGUUGAGUUAGGUGACAGGAACAUUGAGAGCUAUAAAAUAGGAAUGCAGUUUCUGGAAGAAGGGAAAAAGGCAAUGAAAGCUCUUGACAUAGAGCGGGAUGGUCUUGGUCUAGCUAAUAGAGAGAAUGAUACGCAUUUGCCGGAAGAGGGAUCGGACUUGGCUGUAGGAGCGAAACUGGAGGGGGCUAUGGGACAGGGUAUAGUUCAUAAGCUAAUCGGAAACAAGAGGAAGAAGGGAGAUAGUACAUUGGGUCUGGUGGAGUCAUCCGAUUCGGAGCUUGAAGGAAUCGCAGGUGAGGAGGGGGAGGGGGACAACUAUUCCGUAGAUCUAUUUGGAACAGGAAAAGAAGAAGUUGAGCUUGCGGAAGGGGACCAAUGCUCAGGAACAUUUGGUGGACAAGAGAAUGACAGUUCGGCUGAUGAGCUAGACGAUGCAUCAAGCCUUGCAUCCAAAAGGGUUGAUGCCUCGUCGGCGGAGAAAUAG